AUGUCUUCAGGACAAUAUUAUACAGAAAAGGAUACAUUUUUCGUUGAUUCUAGUGAAAAUAUGAAAAUUGAAGUUUUACAUUAUCCUCCAGCAAAUAUAAUAUCGAAUUAUCCACCAAUUUUAUUCAUUCAUGGAUUAGGACUUGCGGCUUGGGUUUGGGAUAAUUUUUGUCGCUGGUUCCCGAAUAAAGGACAUGAUUGUUACGCUAUGAGUUUUCGAGGACAUGGACAAAGUACGAAAACUCCAAAGAAAGAUCAAUGGUGGUCAUUAAAUGAAAUUACAAAUGAUGUAUCCGCCGUAACUGAUGCCAUAAUUGCUAGAAACGGAGAUAAGCCUGUUCUCGUUGGACAUUCACUUGGAGGAGGAAUUGUUCAAAAUUAUCUUAAAAAUAAUCAACAGAAAGUGGCUGGUGGAGUUUUAUUUGCAUCAUUUUCACCGUACAUUUGCAAAGAAAGUAUUUUCAAAUACACUUGUAAAGUACUUUCAAAUACGCCAAUUCGUGCUGUCCUUAAAGCGCUCUUUACAUUAAAACCGUAUGCAUUAGUUGGAACUCCCGAAUUAAUGAAAAGAUUUUCCCUUUCUAAAGCAUUUCCUGAUUCUAUGGCCAUGGAUAUUCAUCCAAAGCUCGAAAAGGUUAGUUUUAUCACUGCUGAGAUUGAACUUUUAAAGCCUUUUGUUGAUCCUUCGACAAUUAAAUGUCCUAUAAUUGUGAUUGGAGCCGAAGAAGAUAGGCUAUUUGGUUUAAAAACAGUAAAAGAAACUGCUGAAGCUUAUGGUGUUGGAUUUGAUAUCAUUGAAGGCGCUGCUCACAAUAUUAUGUUGGACCUUACAUGGGAGGAUGCUGCUAAUAUAAUUUUUAAUAGAAUCCAGGAAAAUGUUGUAAACAAAGAAUAA